AUGAAUGUCUUGUUGCUGCUUCUACUAACUAAAAACAAUUUCAUUGCCAGAUUCGCAGGAACGGUAGUUGGAAUUGAAGAUAUUGAUCGCAUUAGGUGGCCUGGUUCAGAGUGGAGAUCUCUUAAGGUGCAAUGGGAUGCCACGGCAAAAAUGCUUGUUCACCCGGAAAGGGUUUCUCCUUGGAGCAUCGAACCUAUUGGAAUCACCAAAAAGAAGUGUAAAGCUAUUGUACCCCAUCCAAAGAGGGCACGCCCUUUUGACACAAGAGCUGCUGCUCUGGUCAAGGAUGGUUCAAUGAAGAGGUCGGUUGAGUGCCCAUCUCAAAGACAAUUGGGGGUCUUGCAAGGUCAAGAAAUCAGAACUGUAGGUACACAGAUACACGGUGAAUCAACUCAAUCGUCAUCGCCACAUUUUACGCCACAACCACAUCCAGGAUGGGGUCAGAUGCAACAACUAGGAUUGGAGAAUCAGCUGCCUUUUCGGAUUCAUCAGGCAUUUCGUCCGCAGCCUGACAACACCAUAGCUUUUCCUGGUGGAGCUCCCCCUAAUUGGAGGGUUGCAAACUCCUGGUCCUCAACGUUCAGUUCUUGUGGAACUCAUAAUAACUCUGAAGCAAGUAACGUCAAUUCCAACAGCUCUGCAUCUCAGGACUGGAAGGCUUCUGAAGAGAAGGACGUGACUGAAGCUGCACGGGUCAAACCAAACGGCAGCGGGAAUUGCCUGCUCUUUGGAGUCAAUAUAUGUAAUAAUCAUUCGGAGCUCCCUUCACUACAAAUUGAGUCUACGAGUGAGCUAACAAGUCUUUGUUCUGUCCCUCUAGCAGUAUCUCAGUUGAGGAUUUCUGAAACCAUUCACAUUUCAGAGAAGUUAGAGAGUAUUUCUGCCAGUCUUCCAGAGAAGCCAUGUGGUAACUGCUGUUCCCGGACUUGCACAAAGGUAGUGAAGUAUGGAACUGCUCUAGGAAGGUCAGUUCACCUGGCGCAUUUUGAUGGGUAUAUCGAACUUAUUUGUGAGCUCGACAAGAUGUUCAACUUCGAGGGAGCACUGCUUGAUGGGAGCAGUGAUUGGCAUGUUACCUACAAAGAUGGCGAGGGGAAUAUGAUGCUGCUUGGAGACUUUCCAUGGCCGGUUUUUCAGGUCAUGGUGCGAAAGUUGUUCAUCUGCCCAAAGGAAGAUGUUGAUAAGGUAGUGAAGUAUGGAACUGCUCUAGGAAGGUCAGUUCACCUGGCGCAUUUUGAUGGGUAUAUCGAACUUAUUUGUGAGCUCGACAAGAUGUUCAACUUCGAGGGAGCACUGCUUGAUGGGAGCAGUGAUUGGCAUGUUACCUACAAAGAUGGCGAGGGGAAUAUGAUGCUGCUUGGAGACUUUCCAUGGCCGGUUUUUCAGGUCAUGGUGCGAAAGUUGUUCAUCUGCCCAAAGGAAGAUGUUGAUAAGGUGGAUCUCAGCUUGUCAAAAUAA